UCUCUCUCACAGGACGGGUGCACACAGAGACAGAGUAGAGACAGAGAAGCACAGGCAGAGCCACAGAAAGGUAAACAUAAAAGGAAAACUAGUCAAGAGACAGCUAAAAAGGAGACGUAGACACGCAAAUAACGCACCUACAUCAAGGUUGGAUAUGGCCAGGUUGGAUGUCACAGAGAGGUUUCAUGGUAUUUCGUUUCCCGGACACCUGCACACCCAGGACUCCUUACAACUUGCUCUCAAAUUUCCGUUUCGGGACACGGAUAUCAUCAUCGUCUCCUAUCCAAAGUCAGGCACCACAUGGAUGCAGGAAAUUGUGACUCUCAUAUCCAGCAAAGGGGACCCACACGUGUCCCAAACUGUCCCAAAUUGGACUCGGGCUCCCUGGCUGGAGCACCAUUUUUUCACUGCGAUACUGGAGGCCUCAUCCACCACACCUCGAGUCAUCACCACACACCUGCCUCAUCACCUGUUGGGCCCCGCCCUCCAGGGCUCCAAAGCAAAGGUCAUCUACGUGAGCAGAAACCCGAAAGAUCUAGUGGUGUCAUUUUAUCACUUCCACAAAAUGGCCAACUUCCUCCCUGAGGCUGGCUCAUUUCCAGACUUUUUAACUCGAUUCCUGGAGGGCACACUGUACUUUGGCUCCUGGUUUGACCACUUUAAGGGCUGGACCAGUCAGACAGCAGCGAUGAGCAAUCUGCUUCACAUCAGCUAUGAAGAGAUGACGUUGGACCUACAUGGUGCCAUAAAGAGGGUGAGCUCUCACCUACAGAGUCCCCUGCUGGAGGACGAGGUCAACAACUGUGUACUGCACUGCAGCUUCAGCAGCAUGAAAAACAACAACAUGUCCAACUACACCCAGAUCACUGAGGACAUAAUGGACCAUAACAAGGGCUCCUUCAUGCGAAAAGGUAAAAUUGGAGACUGGAAAAACAUGUUCACAGAGGAGCUGAAUCAACAUUUCAAAAGCGUCUUCAAGUCCAAGAUGGAGGACUGCAAUGCAGAGUUUGUGUGGGAGGAGCAGCAUAAAGAGGAGACGCAUGCUAAUGAACAAAUCCCACUGAAGAACACAGAGCUCUGAAAAAAGCUAAAUGAAGAUAGAAAUCAUGUUGCAUCCUGUGAGAUGGAUCACAAGUGGAUGUUUUUCUCUAUGUUUAAAUGAUUAAAGGGACACUUAACUGUAGCAUGCCAUGUUCAGUACCCUUCAAUGCCUCUUAUGUAUAUUGCAGUCUUGCUUUCAUUGCGUCAUUGUAUAAUGUGACACUGAUGUGAAGUGGAUUAUUAUCAUUAUGUAUGAAUAAAUCUCAGUUGCAGUUGACCAUCACCAUGGUCCAAAUUAUAUUUGUUUUGUCCAAAUUAUAUUUGUUUUUCAGAACAAGUGACACUUAAGGUGCAGUGUGUAGGAUUUGGCAGCAUCUACAAUUCUACAAUUUCAUUUAGCAAACGCUUUUGACCAAAGCAACGUACAUCUGGCGAUGAGGUUGCAGAUUGCAACGAACUGAAGUUCCCCACAUUGUAUGUUGUCAGAACAGGAAGUGCGGGUAGUGUCAACAGGAGGCAUGUGUGCGUCAAUUGACAUGUGUCAAUAAAGUUUCUCCACUCUUUCGAGUAAGUGAUUUCAAGUCAGAGCGAGAC